AUGAGAGGCCCUUAUUGUGCAGAAUUGUUGCUUCUACUUGGCCUCCUCCUUUGCACCGCAACUACAAUUUGUUUCGGUUUAAAUUUGCGUAAUUCAGAAGUGAGAUGCAUAGAGAAAGAAAGCCAAGCACUCCUCAAAUUCAAACAAGGCCUUCGAGAUGAUAACGGCCUACUGUCUUCUUGGGGCAAUCAUGAGGGAGAUUGUUGCAAAUGGGAAGGAAUUAAAUGCAACAACCGAACAGGUCAUGUUGUCAAGCUUGACCUCCGGGGAAAGCAUUUCUUUGGAGGCAAUAAAGUUGUAUCAGGUGAGAUAAGCUCUUCGUUACUUGGAUUGCAACAUUUGACUUACUUGGACUUAAGUUCCAAUGAGUUUUCCGUAUUCCUCCCAGAGUUCAUUGGUUCACUCACCAAAUUACAAUAUCUCAAUCUUUCUCACAACUCUAUUUUUGGAACCAUUCCACCGCAGCUUGGAAAUCUCACAAGUUUGAUUUCUCUUGAUCUCAGCUGGACCUAUUAUGGGCUGGUUGAGGAGCACAAUCUUGACUGGUUCCGUCAUCUCUCGUCUCUAAGAAACUUAAAUAUGUGCCAAGUGAACCUUAGCAAGGUAGUCAAUUGGCCAGAUAAGGUUGAUAUGCUGCCUUCUUUAUCAGACUUGCGUUUAAGUUGUGAGCUCUCCAUGCCGCUUCCUUAUGCUCUUUCCAAUGCUAAUUCUUCUUCACCACUUUCAUUCCUUGAUCUUUCUUUUAAUCAGCUCAAUUCCUCGAUUUUCUCUUGGCUGCUCAAAUAUACUAAUAGCCUUGUCGUUCUUGACCUCAGUUAUAACGAGUUACAAGGUUCAAUUCCAAAAUCUUUUGGGGAUAUGGUUGCUCUUGUUGAUGCUGACCUCUCUUUCAACAACCUUGAAGGGGUGAUGCCACAAACUUUGGAGAAUCUUCACAACUUGCAAGUACUAGACUUGUCAAACAAUAACAUAAGUGGAGAGGUACUUGAUCUUAGAAAAUGCUCUUUCUUGAGAGAGUUACAACUAUCCAAAAAUCGGUUAAAUGGGAGUUUAACCAAAAGUGUGGCAGAACUAUCUAUGCUCCAGGUUCUAGAUGUGUCUUCAAAUUCUUUAGAAGGUGAUAUCACUGAAUCACAUUUGUCAAAUCUUUCCCACUUACAUAAACUGGAUUUCUCUUUCAAUUCUUUGACAUUGAAGUUUAGUCCAGCAUGGGUUCCAUCAUUUCAUGAUUUGGAUGUCAUUAGAUUGGGCUCUUGCAAAUUGGGGCCAGCUUUUCCUAAAUGGCUUCAAACACAAAAGAAUUUUUCACAACUUGAUAUAUCUGAUGCAGGAAUUUCAGACACCAUCCCAACUUGGUUUUGGGACCUUUCUUCCAAUAUACAAUUUUUAAACCUCUCCCACAACCAGAUCACUGGCACCAUACCUCUUCAAUGGUUUUUGACAAGGUUUAUUGGUUCUCCUCUAAUAGAUUUGAGUUAUAACUACCUCAAUGGUCAUUUGCCACAAUUUCAUUCCGAUUCAUCGGUGUUGAAUCUCUCCAAUAAUCUGUUCCAAGGAUCUAUUACAUCCAUAUGUGAGACAAAUGGGAACUUGAGUUACCUUGAUCUUUCAAAUAACUUGUUAUCCGGAGAACUCCCAAACUGUUGGGGAAAUAUGAUGUUGUUGGCCAUGCUUAAUUUGGCAAGCAAUAAUCUUUCUGGGAGAAUCCCUUAUUCUAUCUGUGGUUCUGGAGAUUGGCUUCAGACAUUGCAUUUGAAUAAUAAUAAUUUUACCGGAGAAUUGCCCAAGUCAUUGAUGAACUGCUCUUCAUUAGGGCUACUAGAUCUUGGAGAAAACAGACUCUUCGGAAGGAUACCAACAUGGAUAGGCACAAGCCUGCCAGAUUUGAUAGUUCUUCGCCUGACAUCAAACUUGUUCAUGGGUCACAUACCAUUGCAAUUAUGUCAUCUAACAUCUCUUCAAAUCUUGGACCUCUCUCUCAACAAUAUUACAGGGACUAUACCAGAUUGUCUCAAUAACAUCACUGUUAUGACUCAAACACAAAGUUCACAUGUAAGCAUUGAUCAUCCAUACUUUCCUCCUUCCAGCACCUCCUUUAUUAUCGAUUUUGAGUACAUUGACAACUUAUUGGUGACUUUCAAAGAAAAAUAUCUCGAGUACAGUAAAACUCUUGGACUAGUAAAAGCCAUUGAUCUUUCGAGCAACAAAUUGGAAGGAGAAAUUCCAAGAGAAAUAACAAGUCUCUCAGGAUUGAUUGCGUUGAACCUGUCUAGUAACUUGUUGACUGGCAUCAUCCUUCAGAAUAUUAGUCACAUGGAGAGAUUGGAGUCUUUGGACUUGUCGAGAAAUCACCUUUCGGGCAUAAUUCCCCCGAGCCUAACUACUUUGAGCUUAUUAAGCUACUUGAAUUUGUCAAGUAACAACUUAUCAGGUAGAAUCCCAUUAGGUACCCAGCUUCAGAGCUUUAGUGUUUCUGCAUAUGCAGGUAACCGAGAUCUUUGUGGCUUGCCUCUUCCAAAAAAGUGUCUAGAAGAUGAAGCAGCUCAAGAUCCUCAAACUGGUAGUAGUCAUGAAGAAGGCAACAUUCAAGAACAUGCAUACUCCCAUGAACAUCUAUGGUUUUAUGCUACCAUUGCACUCGGAUUCAUUAUUGGAUUUUGGGGCGUUUGUGGAUCAUUGAUAUUGAAGAGUUCUUGGAGGCAUGCCUAUUUCGGGUUCUUUGAGAGAAUAGGAGAUAGGCUUUACGUAACAAUAGUUGUUGCGUUCUCUUUCUGGAAGUACUAUUUGUACCAUUAUUGGCGGAAGCAUUUGACAUUGUUGAAUCAAAAUGUUAAAUUGACAUAUAAUUCAAGAAACUCCAGAGCGAUUUUUACGCUCGCUAGUCACAUGAUCUACACUAUCUCCUGGAUUUCCUUCAAUAUCUACCGUGCUACCCAUCGUGUUCAUGGCCGAUUUUUGUGUAGUUUAAAGGUCGAAGUCGUUACACUUAGAUCUACUAUUCUCCACUCGAUCACGGCCUACACGCUCCUCCCCACCGAGACCACCGUCGUCCUCCGGUCACACCGACACCAUCCGCUCCGCCUCCAGACCACCCGUCACUUUAGCGUGGCUUGCACGCGCCAGCAACAGUUCUACCUCUGCCGGCGCUUGCUAGCCCUGCUUCCCCUCUCCGCCUUCAUCCACUUCCGCCGUUGGUGGUUUCUGGUCGACUUUGCUGCUCUUGGCCAUGGAGAGGCCUUCUUGUGUUGGCGCGUGGACUACACGCGCCAUCACGGACGGCUCCCAUCCCUGCUGAUCCACUGUGUUGUGUAUCGUGGGCAUAUUUCCUACAUCCAGAUCAGUCUGGUUUGCCUCCUCCCGCUCAUGGCUGUGGAUCCACCGGAGGCCUCUUCACCAUACGUUCCAUACCAUCGGAUUCCCGGUUCUUUCUCCUUCAACCCACCGUCAGCCGCUUCGUCGCCCGGCACUCUCACGCCGGAGCAUGCAGCCCAUGCGCCAGAUUUGGACGCCGUGCGUGCUGACUCCCCAUGUUAUUUUCCACCUUCGAUGCUUUGUGAUUCGUUUAUGCUUUUUGUUUUUCCUUUCCUUGCCCGCCCAUCCCUCUUAAAGGGGUUGUUUUGGACCGGGUUGAAGGCCUCUGCAUGGGUCAUGCCCCUGUUCACCACUGAUUUGGUCUCUAAUCUGCUUUAUGCGGACCAGACCUUGGCUUUGUUCAAGAUUUGGGUUUAUUGUUGGGGUGCCCUCUCUUCUGCUUUUAUGUUUGUAACCCAUCUUGUUGAAUGA